AACAAAAUGGCAGACGAGAAAGAAACCCUUGUUGGGAGCACUGUUCGUUCUGCUUCAUACAAUGUCAUUGUGCAGGUUACAUUUAGGAUACUCACCUUUGUAAUGAAUGGCAUCCUCUUACGCUACACCACGAAAGAUAUGAUCGGAGUUGUGAACGUGCGACUGAUGCUUCUCAAUCAAACUAUCGUCUUCGUUGCUCGCGAGGCAUUCCGAAAAGCGUGUCUCAGCAAGUCAGCGGAUAAAAGAUGGACUCAGGUCAUUAACCUUCUCUGGUGUGUGUUUCCUCUUGGUGUUGUAUUGUCUGUCAUCCUCAGUUAUGUGUGGUUGUACUAUCUAGAGAUUCCUGAUCCAGUUAAAAUUGCAAACUACCCGUUAGCAGUGUUGGUUUUUGCAGCCAGUGGGUCAAUCGAACUUUUGUCAGAGCAACUGUGGGUCGUUGCUCAAGCGUUUGUAUUUUUGCGCCUUAAAGUUGUCAUAGAAGGCAUCGCAAACUUUGCACGAUGUGUCAUCACUUUGGGACUGGUAGUUUUUGUACCAGAUCUUGGGAUCAUUGCAUUUUGUAUUGCACAAACGGCAUUUUCAGUUUUGGUAAUGGUUUUAUACUACGUAUAUUUCAUAUACUAUAUCAAAACCGCCCCCAGAUAUCAAAAUAAAGAAGAAAGCGACUUUCCUCUUAGAUCUUUGCGAGACUUUUUCCCAAGAACUCUAUCAAGGAAGAGUUUUUUAAGUGGGGCACUGGCACAUCUUACAUGGAGCUUUUUUAAGCAAUCCUUCUUGAAAAAGAUUUUGACUGAAGGUGAACGCUAUAUUAUGACACUUUUCAAGGUUUUGACAUUUUCUCAACAAGGAAUUUAUGAUGUGAUUAACAAUCUUGGUUCUCUGGUUGCUAGAUGUGUCUUUAUGCCAAUAGAAGAGAGUUAUUACACUUUCUUUGCAUAUACUUUGGAAAGAGGUAGCUCUGCUGAGAAGCAAACACCUCAGUCAGCAAAAAUGGCUUCGGAUACAUUGGAAGUUGUUCUGAAGUUUGUUGUUCUAGUUGGAUUGACAUUUUUGGUAUUUGGCUACAGCUACUCAUUCCUUCUGCUUGACAUCUAUGGAGGGAAAACUCUGAGCACUGGAGAAGGUCCCUCUCUGCUGCGAUGGUAUUGUGUUUACGUAUUGAUUAUUGCUGUCAAUGGCAUGACAGAGUGCUUCAUGUUUGCAACCAUGAGCAAAGAUGACGUUGACUCCUACAAUUACAAAAUGAUGGCAUUCUCAGCAGUGUUCUUAGCAGCAUCUUGGUAUCUCACUAUUUUUGGGAGUGUUGGAUUUGUCAUAGCUAACUGCCUUAACAUGCUCCUGCGCAUUUAUCACAGUCUUAUAUUUAUCUACAACUAUUACAAGUCAGCCCCUCAUCUCAAACCUUUACAAGGACUUUUCCCAUCACCUCUAGUGUUGAUUGCAUUUGCCUUGUCCUGGGGCAUAACUGCAACAUCAGAAGCAAAGCUAUGUUGUGAACAUGGAUGGUAUUACCGCAUUCUUCACAUUGGAAUUGGUGGUGUUUGUUUGUUGACUGUGGCAGUGUUUGUUUUCUUAAAGGAAAAAACUUUGGUGAAUUUUAUGUUGGAACACUGGCUUGGGAGAAUAAAAAAGAAAGAGGAGUAGAAGAAAUUAAUUUUUUGGUUAGCUUGAGCAAAGAGAUUCAGUGACUGAAAUAAGAUAAAUUAGAGUGCCACUGAAAUUGCAAAACCUCUGCCUUUCUCUCAUUCAUUUGCAGUAGAUCCUGGGAUAAUUAUAU